ACAAAAUACAUAUGCAAUAGACAGUGGUGUGUAGUGUGUGUGCGAAAUAUUGAUAUUUACGUUUUAAUUUUGUGUUUUGUCUACAGUCGUUUAUCUGUAUUUUGGUAAUUAAAUUAAUCGUCAGUAUUCACUUGAAAAUGGAUAUUCAGAUUCCAUUUAUUUUUGUUUCACUUUUUUCUCUUGCGAGUGUUGUUCUGAUAUUCAUCUACAAGUUUGGAAUUAAGGAGAAAAGUUACGAAGAAGCCUUGGCCGAACAAAGACAGCAGACUCAUAUUCUAUUAGGUAUUAAACCAAAACUGAAAGAGAAGAAGAGCAAGAAACUAUCAAAGAAAGUGCAAUCAGUGCCUAAAGAAAAGUCGCCCCAAGAAACUGAAGUUGUAAAAGAAGUUGUUGAGCAAGUGGAAUCAAAUCAGAAAAACGUGGACAGUCAGAAGAAGCCUCAUGUUGAAUUUAAAGAAGAUACUGAAGAUGUUUCCACCAAAACUGUAGUAAACAAGAAACAACCGAAGAAGGAUAAAGUCCGUCCUAUUUUAAUCAACAAGGAAAAUUCCGAAAAUGACGUCGAAAAACUCGUUAACACUGACAGCGUUACGUGUCCGGCAAAUCAUUUUGAAGAAUUGCAUCCUAAAGACGACUUCGAGUUGUUCCGUUCAAUCAGCGGUGAAGAGACCGUUAAAGAAGAAACCGAAAAAACCGUUUCUUCUGCUGAUGUCACCUCACAAAAACAAAAUAGCAAAAAGCAGCCUGAAAGAGAUCCACCUCCAGCUCCAAAAGAAGAAGCGCCAUCUACAAUACCUCCAACAGUAAAUAGUGUUGUCCCCAAUGUUGGAAAAGAGAAGAAGAAAAAGAAAAGCGAAUUGAACACUAUACAACAACUAGCUGGAGACACCAACGGACCUAAUAUGAGCAUCCUUCUUAACUUGGUGCGUAAAGCUGAAUUGUCUCGCUCUGAGGUUCAGAUACUUAUUGAUCUCUUACUGAACAAGCAGCAUGAGGCUCCUGCCGUCAUCGACGAAUGGAGUGAGGGCAAAUCGGAUCCGGUUCAAAAGUUGAAGAAGCAACUCGCCGAAAAAGAAAAAUUACUAGCUGAAGAACAGCAAGCUGUUGCAAACGCUCAGGCGAAACUCAAAGAACUUCGAUCAGAGCACCAGAACGAAAAGAGUACGUUACUCCAGAAAAUCAGAAGCAUGGAGGAAUUGAUGCACUCAAAACAACUAGACGCUAACAGGAAUCACCAACAGAUCCAACAACUUCAAGCGCAGGUUAAGGAAGAAGUCAUCAAGUAUCAUACUUUGAGGGAGGAACAUGCGGCACUGCAGAUGCAGAGACAACAGAUUGAAAUGAGAUUAAAUCAGGCGCAAGAGUCUGAAGUUAUAAUUUCGCAAUUGCAAGGCGAGGUUCAAGAACUAUCUUCAAUCAAUAAUCAAUUGCAAAUGGAACUGGCGCAUUUCACGGAAGAAAAUAUGGGUGAAAAGGAACGAAAUCAAAGUCUCAUUCUCCAGUUGAAUAGUUUCCAAAAAGAACUGGAGCAAAAGUCUGAUCGCAACCGACAGUUGGAGGAAAGCCGCGUCAAAGCAGAGCACGACGUAGAAACCAUAUUAAAUCGCGAAAAUGAUCUCAAAGCAGAAGUGUCUCACUUGAAUUCCGUCAUCCAACAACAGAAUGAAGAAAUCCGAAAACUGGAACACAAUUUGAAGCAGCAUUUGGAUGAUUUACAAAAACAGACGGACGACUCCAACAAGAUAAUUACUCAACUUACCAGCGAUUUACGGCAAGCCCAAGAAGAAACUGCACAAAUGAAAGUCACGCACAUGAACGGCGCUUUACAAGAAAAUAAACAACACGAAGUGGAACUUUUGGGUCUUCACGACGAACUGGUAUCAGUUAAGAUACAAAAAGAGAAAGAAUUAAAAACAGCGACUGCAUUAACUGAAAAACUAGAGAAAGAAAUAGAGGAACUAAAACUUAAAUUCAACGAAGAGAAAAUAAAGUUAGAAGAACAAAAAUCCAAAAAUAACGAAUUGAGGCAAAGAAAUUGGAAAGUUAUGGAGGCGUUAAAUGCUGCUGAAUGUAGAAUAAAAACUAGCGCACCUAAUGCUAAAACCAAGUCUGAGCAAGACAUCGAAAGGGAGUUCAUCCAGAGACUAUUUCCUGAACUCAAAGAUGAAGAAAUCAACAACCCAGAACUAUUCAAGACUAAAGGUGAAACUUUCAUUAGGAACUACUUAAGUAACUUGAGGCAAGAAAGUUCGAAAAGUGACGACGAUCAAGACGCACAACAACUUAAGGUGCAACUACAACACUAUGAAAAUGUUAUAGAUAGUACGGAAAAAAUGUUGAACAAACUUCAAAAACAUAUUGAACAAGAAGAGAUUAAUUGGAGAAUGCAACUAUCUGCAAAGGCGGAUGAGUUAGAGGCGGUGAAAGAACGUCACAAACAAGAGUUGCAUGAAAAACUGUCGAGGUUGGAAGUUGAAUUGAAAAAGGAACAAGAGGAUAAAAAAAGAGUGAUUGCAGAGUUCCAGCAAUGCAACAGUAACGGUCAUACUCAAAUUUCUAGUAGUGAACACUGAUGUAGGAGCUAAGCGUAGAACUCAUCAAAUGGAAGAGGAAAUCGAAAAUUUGUAAAUUUGCUUCCAUGAAAAUUUUAAAAGAAUAGCAAUUUGAACAAUACUAUGUACGAUUUUUUUUUAACUUAUUAUUCAUUAUUUUGUGGUAGGCAUUUGUUUUUGUGUAAUUUUGCUAAGUCAUUCCUCGCAUUAUGUGUGCAAUAAAUUUGUAAAUUCAUACUUUACUAUUCUAGUACACCAUAUUUUUAAUAAAACGAGAUUUUCAGUC